AUGGAGCGUGUGUGCAAUGAACAAUACCGGUGUGACGUAUGCGAAAAACUGUUUGCUCACAGAAAUUGUCUGACUAUUCACAAGCGGACACACACGGGAGAGAAGCCAUACCCGUGUGACGUAUGCGAUAUGUCAUUCAGUCAGAAUGGCUCCCUGACGGCUCACAAGCGGACGCAUACAGGAGAGGAACCAUAUCCGUGUGACGUUUGUGACAGAUGGUUCGUUAAAAGCCGUAACCUGACGGAUCACAAGCGGACGCAUACGGGAGAGGAACCAUAUCCAUGUGAUGUAUGUGAUAAAUCAUUCAGUCAGAAUGGCUCACAAGCGGGCACACACGGGAGAGAAGCCAUAAACCCGAUGGUUCACAGGCGGACGCAUACACGAGCAGUGUUCGGACUUAUCUAG